AUGAGGUCCCGCAUCAGCAGGAGUCACCCCCUGGCCUCCUUCCUGCAGCAGUUGCGAGGCCUCUGGCAGCCCCCUAGACCCAUGACAUCGACGGCAUGCGCGCCCUCUCAGCCCCCGGAGGUGCCCCUCUGUCCUUCAAGGGCUCUUGGUGAGGCGCCCAACACGACCACCCUGCCCGGCCCCACCAACUGGCCACUUGUGGGCAGCCUGCUGGAGAUUCUCUGGAAAGGAGGCCUCAAGAAACAGCAUGACACGUUGGCUGAGUACCACAAGAAGUACGGCAAGAUUUUCCGCAUGAAGUUGGGUGCCUUUGACUCGGUGCACCUGGGCUCACCGUGCCUGCUGGAGGCGCUGUACCGCACGGAGAGCGCGCACCCCCAGAGGCUGGAGAUCAAACCCUGGAAAGCCUAUCGCGACUACCGCCAGGAGGGCUAUGGCCUGCUGAUCUUGGAAGGAGAGGACUGGCAGAGGGUCCGGAGUGCCUUUCAAAAGAAACUGAUGAAACCAGUGGAAAUUAUGAAGCUGGACAGCAAAAUCAAUGAGGUCUUGGCCGACUUCAUGGGCAGACUAGAUGAACUCUGUGACGAGAGAGGCUGCGUGGAAGACUUAUAUAGUGAACUGAACAAAUGGUCAUUUGAAAGUAUCUGCCUUGUGUUAUACGAGAAGAGAUUUGGGCUCCUGCAGAAGGAUGCAGGUGAUGAGGCUUUGAACUUCAUCACGGCCAUCAAAACAAUGAUGAGCACGUUUGGGAGGAUGAUGGUCACCCCGGUGGAGCUGCACAGGAGCCUCAACACCAAGGUCUGGCAGGCCCACACGCUGGCCUGGGACACCAUUUUCAAAUCAGUCAAGUCAUCUAUAGAUCGCCAGUUAGAGAAGCAUUCUGGGACACCCAGUGCCGACUUCCUCUGUGACAUUUAUCACCACAAUCGACUCUCAAAGAAAGAGCUGUAUGCCGCUGUCACCGAGCUCCAGCUGGCGGCUGUGGAAACGACAGCCAACAGCUUGAUGUGGGUUCUCUACAAUUUAUCCCGCAAUCCUCACGUGCAACAGAAGCUUCUUAAGGAGAUUCAAGGAGUGCUUCCUGAGAGUCAGAUCCCCCAGGCAGAAGAUUUGAGAAAUAUGCCUUAUUUAAAAGCCUGUCUGAAAGAGUCUAUGAGGCUGACCCCAUCUGUGCCAUUUACAACUCGCACACUUGAUAAGGCCACUGUUCUGGGCGAAUAUGCUUUACCUAAAGGAACAGUGCUGAUGCUCAAUACCCAGGUGCUGGGGUCCAGUGAAGACAAUUUCGAGGAUUCACGUCAGUUUAGACCCGAGCGCUGGCUUCAAGAGAGGAAGAAGAUAAAUCCCUUCGCUCAUCUCCCAUUUGGAGUUGGGAAGCGGAUGUGCAUCGGCCGCAGGCUAGCUGAGCUCCAGCUGCACUUGGCUCUUUGCUGGAUUGUCCGCAAGUACAACAUCGUGGCCACUGACAACGAGCCCGUGGAGAUGCUGCACCUGGGCAUCCUGGUGCCCAGCCGAGAGCUGCCCAUCGCCUUCCGCCAGCGAUAAGGGCCUCAG